ACGUUCUUGUUCUUUUCCUCCUUAAACCCUGCUAUCUCUCUUCUCAUCACUUUCCAUACACUUGAAAAACAAAAUUUAGUAACUCUCUCUCUCUCUCCUUUCUUUUGCUUUGGUGCUAAAUUUUAGAAAUGGGGUGUUAAAUGGGUCACCUAAUCCAUCACCCCACUUCCUUAAAACUUUCAUAUUAAUAGAGCCAGAAUUCAGCCACUUAACCCAUGCACCACAAGUGUGUGUUAAAUUUUUAUUUUUAGUUUUUUUGAAUUUUGGAAGUUGAAAUCCUCCGAAGUUUUAAUUUUUAAGGUUUUAAUGCUAUCUUUUUGCUGAGAAAAGCAUUUUCUUGUUUAUGGGUUGGUAAAAUGGCUCAAAAAUUGAAUCUUGGUAGUUAAAUCCUCCAAAGUUUCAGUUUUGAAGGUUGUAAUGCGAUCUUCUUCUUCUUUUCUGAGAAAAGUAUUUUCUUGUUUAUGAGUUGUUAAAAUGUGGAGAAAUUGAAUCUUGGAAGUUGAAAUCCUCCAAAGUUUUAUUUUUGAUGGUUUUAAUGCUAUCUUUUUGCUUUUGGAAAAGCAUUUCUUGUUAAUGGGUUGUUAAAAAAUGAAUCUUGGUAGUUGAAAUCAUCAAAAGUUUCAAUUUUGAAGGUGUUCGUGAUAUUUUUUUUACUGAAAAAAACUACUCCACUUUCUUGAUUGUGGGGUUGUUAAAAUGGCAAGAGUAGAUAUGUGUAAUGUGGAUUUAGAGGCCGGUGCCGGCGCCGGUGGACACAGUCGCCGGUGCUCCGGCAGUGGUAGUAGUGAAGAGGGUAGUGUCUGUUUCUCAGAUGCUGAUGAGGGUUCUUGUUAUUCUCAGUUUUAUUCAACAGCUGACGGUUCAAAUAAUGAUGAUUAUAGCUUUGCUUGUGGCACUGAGUCUGAGAUAGGUCCUGAGUCAAGGAGAGUCUCAUCUGUAGCUGAGUCUGAUGAUUGUUCAGUGGAUUUAGAAAAUGGAGUUGGUAAAACGAAGCUGCAUGUGGGGAAAAUUGAAAGAGAUUGUAGGAUUUGUCAUCUGAGUUUGGUGAGUUCUGGUCCUGAGUCCGGUAUUGCUAUUGAAUUAGGAUGUUCUUGUAAAGAUGAUUUGGCUGCUGCACAUAAGCAUUGUGCUGAGACUUGGUUCAAAAUCAAAGGAAAUAAGACUUGUGAAAUAUGUUGUUCUAUUGCGCGCAAUGUUGUUGGUCCAAAUGAUGUUGAGUCAGCACAGCAAACAAAUGAAUCCAAUGCGUUGGCUACAAAUGCAGCGUCUGCACCAGUAUCAUCAGCCACUUCAGAAACUCGAACUUGUUUGAAUGGCCAUCGGUUCUUGAAUUUCCUCUUAGCUUGUAUGGUGUUCGCGUUUGUCAUCUCUUGGCUCUUCCAUUUUAACAUCCCAUCAUAGAUAGUAUAGUAAAGACUAAAGAGUUCAUGUGACCAUGAAAUUCCAAGGCAGUAAAGGCAAGUGAAGGCUACUGUAUAUUCCAAGUGGUAAAAAAGAAAUGUUAACACGUUUUUACGGACUAGCUUUGGCAAUAUAUCUACCUACAGGGCAAUAUUUCAUUUGUCUACACCUAGAUUUAGAAACCAAUUUGUGAGUGUGUCAUCGUCGAUUUAUUUACUAUAUUGCCCUUUGAUCUCAUGAAAAUGCCAGCAGUUGUUAUAGUUUGUUAUGUUCCAAGUAUAAACUGAACCCCUUUUAAUCCAAAAUUAGGUAGUUGAUUCCUGCAUUUUCUUUAUACCCAGUUCUUGUUUGGUUUUCGAGAAGUGGGGUGUUAAUGACAAACAAGGAAGAGGAUUUGUAAAUGAAUCUGAAGUUGGCAAAACUAGUUCAAGAUUUAGAUUGAUUUCCAACUUGGAGCUCCAUUUACAGUUAUAAGUG